UUGUAGUAUUCCUCCUGGUGCAGAUGCCGUGGUUACCGCGCAUGCGCGGGACCUGUCACGACUCGGCUGCUGCUGCCGCGGUGAAACAUGGCGAUGAAGACUCUCAGAGGGAUGAUGAACGGGGCCAUGAGUGAGAUCUCCUCCGCUGUCGGCGGGAACAGACCGACGACCACCGCCGCCGCGGGUCCGACCUCCGCCUCCGCCGGCUCCCGGGAGCACGCGAUGGCCGUGAGCCGGGAUUACAUCUCCCAGCCCCGCCUGACUUAUAAAACAGUGUCUGGAGUCAAUGGUCCUCUGGUGAUUUUGGACCAGGUGAAGUUCCCCAGAUACGCAGAGAUCGUCCACCUCACACUUCCUGAUGGAACCAGGAGGAGCGGGCAGGUGCUGGAGGUCACGGGCUCCAAAGCCGUGGUUCAGGUGUUUGAAGGGACUUCAGGCAUCGAUGCGAAGAAGACGAGCUGUGAGUUUACAGGGGACAUUUUACGGACACCGGUCUCUGAGGACAUGCUAGGUCGUGUGUUUAAUGGAUCUGGUAAACCCAUCGACAGAGGACCAGCCGUCCUCGCUGAAGACUUCCUGGACAUCAUGGGCCAGCCCAUAAACCCUCAGUGUCGCAUCUACCCCGAGGAGAUGAUCCAGACUGGCAUCUCUGCCAUCGACGGCAUGAACAGCAUCGCUCGGGGGCAGAAGAUCCCCAUCUUCUCUGCCGCGGGGCUGCCACACAACGAGAUCGCAGCUCAGAUUUGUCGGCAGGCCGGUUUGGUGAAGAAGUCCAAGGACGUGAUGGACUACAGCGAGGACAACUUUGCCAUCGUGUUUGCCGCCAUGGGGGUCAACAUGGAGACCGCUAGGUUCUUCAAGUCUGACUUUGAGGAGAACGGCUCCAUGGACAACGUUUGUCUCUUCCUCAACCUGGCCAACGACCCCACCAUUGAGCGAAUCAUCACACCUCGCUUGGCUCUGACAGCAGCAGAGUAUCUGGCCUAUCAGUGUGAGAAGCACGUCCUCGUCAUCCUCACUGACAUGAGCUCGUACGCAGAGGCUCUGCGAGAGGUGUCUGCAGCCAGAGAGGAGGUGCCGGGACGCCGAGGCUUCCCGGGAUACAUGUACACAGAUUUGGCCACGAUCUAUGAGAGAGCCGGCAGAGUGGAGGGACGUAACGGCUCCAUCACCCAGAUCCCCAUCCUCACCAUGCCCAAUGACGACAUCACUCAUCCUAUACCUGACCUGACCGGUUACAUCACCGAGGGACAGAUCUACGUGGACAGACAACUUCACAACAGACAGAUUUACCCUCCCAUCAACGUGCUGCCAUCUCUCUCUCGUCUCAUGAAAUCGGCCAUUGGUGAGGGAAUGACCCGCAGAGACCACUCUGAUGUUUCCAACCAGCUCUAUGCGUGUUAUGCCAUAGGGAAGGACGUUCAGGCCAUGAAGGCCGUGGUGGGCGAGGAGGCCCUGACGGCCGAUGAUCUUCUCUAUCUGGAGUUCCUGACCAAGUUUGAGAAGAACUUCAUCUCCCAAGGUGCGUAUGAAAACAGGAGCGUGUUCGAGACUCUGGACAUCGGAUGGCAGCUCAUGAGGAUCUUCCCCAAAGAGAUGCUGAAGCGGAUUCCUCAGAGCACCUUGGCCGAGUUUUACCCCCGCGAAGCCAAACACUGAACCGAUGCUUGCUGCUUCCACGUGUUCCAGUGAAGUGUCACUGCAUUAUAAAUAUAUGUAUAUAUAUACAUUACAUACAGUGUAGUGUUGUGACGCUGUAACCGUCUCGUGGCCUUGAAAACAACCCGCUAACGCUCAAAGAGCCAGAAACAGAAAAAAUACCGCGCCAGGUUUACAGAGAGAUCUAAAGGUCGUCAUAUGUUGACGUAGGUGAAAUUCUGAUUAUUGAUUUAUGCUAAUACUUACCAAAUAAUGACACGAAAAACUCCUGACUGUGUCACAAAGAAUAUCACUAACAGCUGAUGAACCAUGUGUUCAGUCGAUAGACGCCACUUGGUGGCGCUGUUCACUGACAGACACUGUCGUGUUACUGUGGUGCGGUUCAGUACGAGACAGAAUAUCUAACAGUUUUCAUGAAAGCCAUGUCUGUAAAAGGGAAACCAGGAGAAAGACAUUUGAAUUAUUUUGAUAUGAAUGUGUGUAAACGAACUGCUUGAUGAUGGUGUUGAUGUUGUUUCUUUGGAUGAUCGUUGUCUGUCGACUAAAGUUUAACGCGUGAACACAUCGGCCUUGAAAUAUCUCUGCAUUACUGUCUGUGUUUCUGUUUGAUCAGUGUAUUGCUUAUUGAUUAGAUGUAAUAAUCAGAUUGCAUGCAUUGUCGCUGAACAUUUCCUGUCGAUGCCUCAUCAAGUAAUAAGUGAAAUAAAAGCUGCCGUCUCAUUA